AGCCACGAGGAUCCGCCUGUUCAUUUUGUUCUUUUCUUCCAGUGAUAAAGAUGCAACGGUAAUGACGAGAAUGAGUCACAGUUGCUGAAACCCAGAUAAAAAAAUUUGGUGUGCACGCUAGCUACGGUCAAAUCCUGCCUUGUGUUGCCCAAAGACUACUAUGGCGAAGGAAAAUUGAAAGUUAGAUUAUCGCCCUAUACUCACGAUGCAGCCAGCUAUGUUUCGAAUGAGAUUUACGACGUUCGGGUUCCCUCGUCGGGCGCUGCAGUUGCGAAGCUUUUCGUCAUCCUCGUGCCGUUACGAGAUCAGAGACGUGGAGGCCCUCCCACGGCGCCUAGAACCCAAAUACGAAGAAUGCUGCGAGGGGGAUCUGCUUUCUCUGCGAUGGCCAGCACCUCCGCGGAACAUCUUGCUCGUGAAGAAGGAAUCCGAACCUACCGUAACUAAGUCGCUUAUCGAAUUUGCAAAUCACAUAUCGUCUACGUAUCCGUCGAUUGCAAUAAUUUUAGAACGGAAGACCGCGGCCGAAGUGCAUUCUCUGCUUCCUUUCCCCGUUUAUUCGAUUUCUUCUGGACAGAAAUCAUCGACUGCAUUACAUAACAAGGUGGAUCUUACUGUUACCCUUGGCGGGGAUGGAACCAUUCUGCGGGCAUCUUCCCUUUUUGCAACGUGCUACAAUGUGCCCCCGGUGCUGUCGUUCAGUAUGGGCACACUGGGUUUCCUAAGUGAAUGGCGGUUUGCCGAGUACAAACGCGCAUUCCGAGAAGUAUACAUGUCAGGGGCCGGUGUGGGAGAUCGCGCAUCGGUUUUGGAAGGCUCGAAGUUGACCGGCACUGAUAACCAGACGACAGCAGAGAUGGGCCCAACUGGAUGGUCGUCGGUACGUGGAAAGUCCAUGGGCUUGACGCGGGAGGCUCGCAUUCUGCUGCGCAACCGUCUAAAAGUUGGACUUUUCGGACCGGAAGGGACCUUGAUACAUAACAAGGGCGGAAUCCCCUUGAAAAGUACAGAUAUUGAGCAAGGAGUAUAUGUAAUGAACGAGGUGGUGAUCCAUCGUGGCAAGGAGCCGCAUCUUGCCAUUGUGGAGGUAUUUGUUGGUGGACGGUUCCUUACGGAAGCAGUCGCUGAUGGGAUGAUCGUCUCCACGCCGACAGGAAGCACGGCAUACAGCCUCAGCAGUGGCGGGAGCAUUGUUCACCCGCUUGUUGCAUCCAUACUGCUGACACCUAUUUGCGCGCGAAGUCUAAGCUUCCGGCCGCUGGUUCUACCGCACAGCACGCCCAUCACGCUGAGGAUGAGUGAGAAGAACCGGGGACGCGAGCUGGAAGUUAGCAUUGACGGGAUGUCGGUGGGUCGCGGAAUGGCAGCGGGCAUGGAGGUACGCGUGUGGAAUGAGGAGGUGAGGCACAACCAGAAUGACUGGCACGGGGGGGUUCCAUGCGUGAUGAGAAGGACUGUUGGCGGAGAGGCGCACGACGGCUGGGUUGGCGGACUGAAUGGAAUGCUGAAGUUUAAUUAUCCGUUUGGCGAGGAACGGUAGGGAAGUGCACAGGGAGUUUUGUACACAACAUCUGCAUAUCUGCUUCUGUGAAACACGGGCGGCAGCAGGCAUAGGUAACACCACGGACAGUCGACUCGAAGCUUGGUCUGGGGGAUCAUUCCACUGUAUGAAGGAGACAGGCUAGAGACAACCAUGGUUUGCAUGGCGACGGCAGCCAUUGGGAGACGCGACUCCGGCAGCGCGUGGUGAAACACUCCCCGUAGGAAUAGUCAGGAGCAA